AUGCACUUCGAGGACUACCAGGUGGUGAUGACGGAGGUGUGGGCCGGCGCCGGAGAGAAGGGCGCCAAGUGGAAGCGGGUGUUGAAGAGUCUGAAUUUGCUGGAGUUCUUGGUCAAGAACGGCAGUGACCGCGUCGUAGACGAGGUGCGCAGGGAGCAGCACAAGGUGCGGCCGCUGAUGGACUUCCGCUACGAGGAAGACGGGAAAGACAGGGGCGUUUCAGUUCGCGAGAGAGCCAAGCAGAUCAUGGAGCUCGUCAGCGACAUGGAACUCCUGCGCUCCGAGCGAGAGAAGGCGCAGCAGCAUCGCAACAAGUUCGGCGGGGGCGGGAUGUCCUCCUACGACAGCCACUCGAGCGACCGCUACGGAGGCUUCGGCGGCGGCGGCGGAGGCGGAGGCAGCUACGGCGGGGGCGGGAGCUACGGCGGCGGCGGAGGCGGAGGAAGCUACGACACCAAUACUACCAGUUACGACGGAUCGAAGUACGACCAGGCAGCCGAGGACAUCUACCGCAAGAAGGACCAGGAACGGGCAGAGCGUGAGCGCAAACGCCGAGAAGGCGACCGCUACGAGGACGACAGGGAUGACCGCCGCCGUCGCGACGACCGGGACGACCGCGACGACAGGCGCCGACGCGACGACCGGGAAGAGCGCGACGACCGCCGCCGGCGCGACGACCGCGACGACGAUCGUGGUGGGCGCCGCCGCGACGGGGACCGGCGCCGCGACGACCAGGACGAGGAGGAGGAGGACGACCGCCGGUGGGGGGGCGCCGACGUCCUGAGGUCGAGGAUGCCCGAGUCCGACGACGAGGACGAUGACCGCAGGGGCGGGCGCAGGAACAAGGGCGCGGGCCGGGACGAGCCGAAGAAGGACGGGCUGGCCGCCCCCGUGUUUAACGUGGACACUAAGGACAACUGGGGCUGCUCCAAUGGAAGACCCGCGCUUCCCCCAGUCAUCUUCCCCGUGGCGGCCAGCGCGGCCGACACCGUGCAAGGGUCGCUCCACUUAGGAAACGCCGUCUGCUCGGUCCUUCACUGCUUCGUGACGCGGGUCGGCCAGAAUGCCACCGAGGACUGUGGCACAAGCGUCGAGGGCGGGCUGACCCGGGAGGCGGCGCCGCAGACGAAUUUGCUCGACAUGAUGGGCGACGCGCCGGCCGCGGGAGGAGCCGCGCCGCCGGCGGCCGCGCCGGGCGGCUGGGGCGCCUUCGACGCCGCGCCCGCCGCGCCGCGCCCGCGGGCGGGCUUCGGCGACUUCGGCGACUUCGCCAGCGCAGGACCCCCGGCACCUGCCCCGCAGAGCCAAGGCGGUGGUGGGGACAUGUUCGGGGGCGGCUUCGACGGCUUUCAGGUCGCACCCGGCGCCCGCCCCCCCCCCCAGCAGCAGCAGCAGCCCAACCAGCAGCUGGCGGGGCUCUUCCAGGGCGGGUGCGCGCCGCAGCCCGGCACCGGGGACUUCGGCGGCUUCCAGGCCCCUGCGGCUGCCGCCAUGCCACCUGGCGGCUGCAUGCCCGGCGGCAUGCCCUGCGGCGGCAUGCCUGGCAUGCCUGGCGGGGGGAUGAUGCCCGGCGGCAUGCCCGGCGGCGGCAUGCCCGGCAGCAUGCCGGGAGGCGGCAUGCCAGGGAUGCCCGGCGGCGGCAUGCAGCAGGGGGGCAUGUGCGGGGGGAUGCCAGGCAUGGCCGGGAGCAUGCCUGGAGCGGGUGCAGGCGCGCCGAGCACUGGGCCGGGGAUGUGCGGCGGGUGCAUGCCGGGCAUGAGCAUGCCGGGCAUGAGCCAGCCUGCCGCAGCUCCAGCGCAGAGCGAGAACAGCAUCCUCGCCGGCAUCGACAGCAAGCUCCUGGACCUCAACCUGAGCGCCGAGCCGAAGCCCGCCCCCGCCGCGAACACGAGCCCCGCAGGUGGCAUGCGUGGCGGCCCAAUGGGUGGUGCCAUGGGCGGCUCUAUGGGCGGCGGUGCCAUGGGCAUGGGCGGCCCGAUGGGCGGAGGCGCUAUGGGCGGGCCGUGCGGAGGCAUGGGCGGUGGCAUGGGUGGAAUGCCAGGCGGAGCACCAGGUGGGAUGCCAGGAGGCAUGGGCGGUAUGCCAGGCGGCAUGCCUGGAGGCAUGGGCGGCGGCAUGCCAGGAGGCAUGGGCAUGCAGGGCGGGAUGGGCGGCGGCAUGCAAGGCGGCAUGCCAGGAGGCAUGCCAGGCGGAAUGGGCGGUAUGCAGGGCGGCAUGGGAGGUAUGGCAGGCGGCAUGGGUGGCAUGCAGGGUGGAAUGCAGGGCAUGGGAGGAAUGCAGGGCGGCAUGCCAGGCGGAAUGCAGGGCGGCAUGCAGAGCGGCAUGCAGGGCGGCAUGCAGGGCGGAAUGCAGGGCGGAAUGCAGGGCGGAAUGCAGGGCGGCAUGCCUGGCGGCAUGCCCGGCGGCAUGAUGGGCGGCUGCAUGCAGCCGGGCAUGCAAGGUGGCAUGCAGCCGGGCAUGCAGCCAGGCAACAUGAUGCAGGGCGGCAUGAUGCCCGGCGGAUGGCCGUCUUGA